AUGUAUUCAAGAACUUCUCAACAAAAGUCCCCAUUCUUCCCAAAAAAACAAGACCUAUUUUCACCAAUCCUUGGAUGGAUCAUUGAGUCACUCAAACCAAUCAAAUAUAUAGACUCAAAACAUUUCUCUGCCCCUUCCAAACUCAUUGCGAUUGAACUAGUUGAAGGGAGAGAAAGUGCCACUACCAAAGUCAUAAGAACAAUCCCUAACAAGUUCUACAACCUUACUUGCUCCAUUGGAGAUGCCAAGAAUGCUUGCCAUGGAUCGAUGGUGGUUGAAGCUUUUGUUGCUAAAGAAACCCUAAAAGCUCCCUAUGCAUCUCACGGAAAUGGUGGGUUCGAGAAUGCAAGUUUCAAGUUCCAAGCAAUUUCAGCUAGAACAAAGCUCGCAUUCUACAGUUCAUUUUAUCACACUAAGGUUCAUGACUAUGGUCAAAUAUGUGGCCCUGUCUUGGACAAUGUUAGGGUUUUAAGGGUAUCUUAG